CCCAUUGACCAGGCAUCCCUUCCGGUAGAUGAGGUCAACUUUUCCCUAGAUCCGCCAUUUCAGUCCGGGAGUUUUCUCCUUGCUCGCUUGUUUGGGGGUUUCUUGGCUUAUUUGAUCAUACAAAACAUUCGUCUGGAAGUCUUUCGUCUCUCUACGCUAACGCAGAAACCCUCCCGGCGGCAACGUUGCUCGCGAGAACCCGCCUCAAGUCGAGAUAGCGCACCUUUUUUUUUUCCAAUGCCGGGGAGCGUCCCUGACCCAAAGUUUUUUGUAUGAGUUGCGGAUAAAAAAAGAGAGGCGAAGGGGGGGAACAGGGCCUCGAGCCUCGGGGCGUUCAUUGUUCAGUCAUGGCCGGUAAUUUUGACGCCGAAGACCGCGCGAGUUGGUACUGGGGCAGGCUGAGUCGCCAGGAAGCCGUUUCUCUUUUGCAGGGACAGAGGCACGGCGUUUUCCUGGUGAGGGACUCCAUAACCAGCCCUGGGGACUACGUGCUGUCCGUUUCCGAGAACUCCAAAGUGUCCCAUUAUAUCAUCAACAGCAUUAGUAAUAACCGUCUAUCCGGCUCAGGCGUGGCUCCUCCGCGGUUUCGCAUCGGUGAUCAGGAGUUCGAGGCCCUGCCGGCCUUGCUGGAGUUCUACAAGAUCCACUACCUGGACACUACCACACUCAUCGAGCCCAUCGCCAAAUCCAAGCACAUGGGAUUCAUCAGCUCUGUCGGCGCGCCCCCGCAGCAGACCGAGGAGGCCGAGUUUGUCCGGGCACUCUUUGACUUCCUCGGCAACGACGAUGAGGACCUCCCGUUCCGCAAGGGUGACAUCCUUCGUGUGCUGGAGAAGCCGGAGGAGCAGUGGUGGAACGCCGCCAACCAGGAGGGGCGCGCCGGAAUGAUCCCCGUCCCCUAUGUGGAGAAGUACCGGCCCGCCUCGCCCACGGCGGCCGGCCCGGGUGCCCCCAUGGCGAGCACGGGACAAGGGGGUCAGGUUGGGGGCGCGGCAGCUGGCACCGACGGAACAGGGCCGCCCCAGGCCCUGGGUGACCCGGGCCAGUACGCCCAACCGGUGGUCGCCACCCAGCUUCCUAACCUACAGAACGGGCCAGUGUACGCCCGGGCCAUUCAGAAGAGAGUGCCCAACGCCUACGACAAGACUGCACUGGCCCUGGAGGUGGGCGACAUGGUGAAAGUGACCAAGAUCAAUGUGAACGGCCAGUGGGAGGGCGAGUGCAAAGGCAAGCGCGGCCACUUCCCUUUCACCCACGUGCGACUGCUGGAACAACAUCACCCGGAUGACGAGAGCUGAGAAAACGCUUGUCGCCGGCAACCCGCCUCUUGCGCAUUUUCGUGUCAGGAAAGGGGAACAAAAAAAACAAAAACAAAACAAAAGGAUAACUACAGAAGCACACACCCACAAAGCAAAUUUACAAGCUAAACAAGUUGCAGGGACAAGCUUAGAUUGAACGCCUUCUUUUUUUGAUGGAUGCCGGAGCUCAGAUGAACGACAACACUGAAAAUAUUCCAGAUUAUUCUGGUUGUCGCGGUUAACACUCAAACCCAAAACGAGAUAACACUUUAAUUUUUGUACAAGUUUUUUUUUUUUUUAAUUGAUAAGGUAUAUGAAUGAAUCUAUUUCAUUUUUAGCUUGCGUUCUCCCGUGAUGAAUUUUUAACCCCAACGGCACCUUUGUUGUGCCUCUUAUUUCAUAUUAAAGGCUCAUCACAUGUGCAAACCAAAAAGUGAAUGUUUACACAUCCAUCUUAGGGAUGGGUGAUCGAUUAUUACUCGCCGAUCAAUUGUGUCUUGAAGCAAUGGAUGCGAACUGGAUGCCUACACAGAUUGAGAGAAAUAGGCUGCGCUACAUCCAUGCUAACAAACAACGAUGUUUGCUGCAUUAUUUUGCUUCAUGCAACUAUGGCAUUGAAAGAGCAAUUCCGAACAGUCAUUCACAUUUGUACAAUUGUGAACAGUAGUCAAUCAAGGAAACGUACUCGUUGAGCUAAAACCUCGAGCAUUAGCUCACGUCGCUAAGAAGAACAAUUGGGACAAUUUUCAACAUUUCCUCAUCUUUGUGAUACAAAAUAUAAAUCGUCCGAGCCAAACUUCAGUUUUCUGUUUUACAAUUCGGUUAGCACCCAAAUGGUCGCGAGCGACUUGUUAGCUAAGAUGAAAGAUGUGCAACAGACCUUGGCAUCCGACGUUCCUUGUACAUCAACCAAAUACAGUAUAUUCCAAUACUCGUACUCAGUCUGGCCAGAACCCAAACAAACUACAAUACAGUUAAAUAUCAUAGCUAAACAAGCAUUACCUCAUUACGCUAAUGUUAAAGGAAAAAAAAAAACAAAAUCCACUUUUCGAAACCAAAUACAAAAAUCACCAGCCAAACUUCAGGUGAAGAUGAAAGCUGCGUGAACCAAACCUAAGUGUCUCCUGACUUUGACUCGUAUUUGAUCAAUACAGUGUAGUGAAAUACCCUUCCCUGAGUCAGCCCAGAACUCAAACAAGUCGGAUUAAAUAUCUGAAUGACCUGGCGUCGCCUCGCUACGUUAAACGGAUUGAACAAAAACCUGGCGGUUGAUGCGUCGAGAUGUAACAUUUUGAAACUCAUCCAAAUGCCAGUCUUCCCUCUGUUAGCCGCUGUCUUCCACCGUUUUUAAUCAUAGAAAUGGAACAGCCAUGUUUAGUCAAGCUAAAACACAGAAGUUACAUUCAUGAUCCUAGCUUUAGCUUUAGCUUGCUACCCUAAAAAGAAAAAUCUGUCAAGUAUUGGUGGUUCAUAGAGGGAUGUAAAAUGUAUCUUCUUUGUAACACAAAAUACGAAACCAAACUUCAGUCCUCUGUUGACUUGUAUUUAACACCCAAAUGUCGCUAGUGAUGAUGAGAUGUGCGAUCCCAAACAAGGAAAAGGAGUAUAUGCCAAUCCCUUAAUUGGCCAGAACCCAAAAGUCGAGUUUACUUUUCGAGCUACCCAGCGUUAGCGCCGUACGCUAAAACGAACAAAAAUAAAAAUUGGGAACAAUUUCCAAAUGGUUCCUCAUGGUUUGGUAGCAACGAUGAAACAAGCAAACUCGACCUCAGCGUCUGAGGCUACAACACUUAGUUUACUUCCGACCCAGUAUUGUUCUGUAUUCCUCACAGCUGAUUUUUUUUUUUUUUUCUGUAUGCGUGCGAACUAUUUUUCACCCAACUAUCGGAAUUAAAUCCACUCGAAACUGGCACAGCGCUGCAGUUUUACACACUUUGUAGUGUCGGUUAUUUUUAAGUCGCAAGCGUCUCAUGAAAGUCACACUAAAAAAAGAAGUGCAAGAUGUUCUCUGUCGAUGGAACAAUGCGAUGUUUGCUUCCAGGCUGUGCCGAGACGUUUAUUGGAGCAAACUUUGUUAGCCUGUUUGAGAUUUAGACUUAUUUGCAUAAGAACCGACGAAAUGAGCGAGCGACCUUAAUGACCAGCCAGUCAGUAUUUCUUUAAUAGCUUACCUGUUUGUUUAAAUAAAUGACCAGCCAAUCUGAUCAACCCAAACCUUUUUUUUCUGAAUUAAUUUUCAUUCGGUGCCGUUCACUGAAAAUUAUUUUUAAUUAGGCCAACUUGUCCUAGGUCUGCAUCUGUAUUACUUCUGAAAAUAAGUCUUCCGAGAAUAAAGUUAAAAUACUACAAAAACAAUUUUAGGAGAAAAAAAAAUAAUGAGAAUGCGAUGACAAAAUUAGAGUGAUCUGUUUCUUUUCAAGAGAAAAAUCAGAAUCUUACUAAAAUACAAAAAAGCGAGAAAAUAAAAAUAAUCGUUGUUUUUCAAGAAGUCACAGUCCUAUGAAAACAGUUUAACAAUUACAUGAAUAAAAACACUCCUGUAUGAGGAAAACGGGUGCUAGUACUAAAAUAGUCAAAAUAUUUCAAAAAGGAAAAAAAAAAGUACUUGAAUAAAGUCAGAAAAAUUCUGAGGUAAAAUAUGUCCUGAGUCAUUUCUUGGCACAAAAGAUGGUGCGAAAACAGUCACAAUUUUUACGAGAAUAAAAAUAAAUUUUGAAUCUUUGUGCAUAUAAUCUCAUGACUCUUGUCCCCCGUGUUUUCCAAUGUAGAAAAAAACGAUUUUAAAAAUGUUAUAAAUAUUACAUUUGUAAUCUAUGCUGAAAGUCUUCCUUUUACGUGAAGUAAGCCAUAUUGCGAGGAUACACCCAAUAUUAGAAGAGUGAACAUGGAAUUUUACACCGAAAGACGUAACAUCGUGUAACUGGUCAUUUUACAAGGGAAAGAGGCAUUUCAAUAUUUGUUUUACAUUUCAACAUUUAUUUUCUUUUUUUUUGUUAAAUACUUUUCUGAAAAAGUUAUCCCUCGUGUGGCCUUAUUACUGCUUUGUAUAUUUUAGACCAGAGGUAAACAUGCUGCUAAUUGCUGAAAGCGUCUUUUUUUUUUAACUCAUAUGAAUGCUUAAAAAAAAAAAAAAGAUGAUUCCUAAACUCUUGUCGUAGCCUUGGAUAGAACAUCUUCAAUGGGAUUAUCGUAACUCAUGUGAAUGCUGAAGAAACCAUUUAGGAAUCUGCUAACAUGCACCUUAAUCCCUUCACUCACAAUUCUUUCAACCAAAAAAAAAAAAAAAUUCCUUCAGAGAGCGACAUAUUUUGUGCCAUUCCACACCACUGUUAAAGGACCACAAACAAGCAAAAUGUAAGAUUUUCCGUUUUAUUUUGUACAUUAUGUCAAAGUGUUAAAAUAUAUUUCAAGUUUUGGUUUAUUUUUCUGUUUGGUGUUAUGUGUUAAUAAUAUACCUAGUCAAUAAAAAUGUACCAAUA